AUGGCUUCCCUCUCUUCCAUCCACACAUCAAGCAACUCUUUUCCUUCUCCUAGCCGCUUGAACCUUUCCCUUCCGCCACCCCCGUCUCAUCUCCCUCUCAAAGACUCCACUUACAGAACCUCCCCGCUAAAAACUCUCUGCACUUCUACCGCCCCAAAGCGCCCCACUAAACCCAGACACAGACCUCAUCACAGCCCACAUCCCCAAUCAUCCCAACUCCUCAAAAACAACUACCAGAGGACCACUACCAAUGUAAAUGAAACCAGCCCAUCAACUCAAAACUAUCAGACCCCUCCACCAUCAGAUGCUGAUUUAAUGUCAUUAUGUAAUGAAGGCAACAUUGAAGAAGCUAUUGACUGCAUUAAGCAAGGUGCCGAGGCGAAUUAUUUUGUUUUCGAGGCUUUGAUCAGUUCUUGCGGUAGUUCUGAGUCACUUGAGCUUGGUAAAAAUGUACAUGAGCUUAUGAUGAAGUCACCGUUUAGAAGAAACGUUGAGUUGAAUAUUAAGCUGGUGGAGAUGUACGUGAAAUGUGGGAACAUGAACGGCGCCCGCAAAGUGUUUGAUAGAUUGGGCGAUAGAAGUUUGGAAUUAUGGCAUCUGAUGAUCAAUGGCUAUGCCAAAACUGGGGAGGGGAAUAAUGGGUUGCUUUUGUUUGAAAGAAUGAGGAAAAUUGGAGCAUUGGAACCUAAUGCGGAGACGUUUCUAUCUGUUUUAUCAGCUUGUGCUUGUGAAGGAGCAGUGAGAGAAGGCUGCUUUUAUUUUGAGAUGAUGCAAAAUGAAUAUAGAAUUCUGCCAGGAUUUGAGCAUUACUUGGGUGUUAUUGAUGUUUUGGGUCAAGCUGGACACUUGGUUGAAGCUUUGGAGUUCAUUGAGGAUAUGCCUUUUGAGCCGACCAUUGAAGUUUGGGAAGCUGUUUUGAGUUUCGCCAGAGUACAUGGAGAUAUUGACCUUGAGGAUCGAGCUGAGGAGCUAUUGGUCGAGCUUGAUUCCUCCAAAGCUACAGCUGAUAAAGUGCCUACUCCAUUGGCAAAGAGAAAUUGCGAGUUCAAUAAGCUUGAGGGCAAGAUCAAAGUUAGUGAGUUAAGGAGCACCAGUCUAUACGGGGAAGGUCCAAAUGAGAAAUUCAAAGGGUUGAAUGGGCAGAUGAGGGAUGCAGGGUACGUGCCAGAUACACGGUAUGUGCUUCAUGACAUUGAUGAGGAGGCCAAGGAGCAGGCUCUGAUGUAUCACAGUGAACGUUUGGCUAUUGCAUACGGUUUGAUUAGUACUCCAGCAAGGACAACUCUUAGGAUCAUUAAGAAUCUCAGGAUAUGUGGGGAUUGUCAUAAUGCAAUAAAGAUCAUGUCGAAGAUUGUUGGCAGAGAGCUGAUUGUUAGGGAUAAUAAGCGGUUUCAUCAUUUCAGAGAUGGUAAAUGUUCUUGCGGGGAUUAUUGGUGAAUCAAAUAUCCCUAAACACGCUCAAACUCGCUAGUAGCAUAUUUAACAUGCUCAAACAUUACAGAUUUAGAAGUUCUGAAUGUUCAGAAUCCAGAUUAUGUACACUGAAACCUGUGAAAUUCAACUAUUUUUGAUCUGGAAAGAAGAUUAUUUUACCGGAA